UUACACAGAUGCAAUUGUUUGUAGCUCAAGACUUAACAAGCUAUGCGCAGAUGUAUUGUUUAUAGAAGAACAGAUUCACUACAUAUUGAAACAGCUAAACUCAUCUAUUCUAGUUUACUUCUGUACUGAUGAAUUUAACACCGUAAAUCUCCUGAAAAUGCAGGUGUGCUUCACACAGGUGGAUUCGUACGGUCGACGGAGGCUUGGGCCAGAGAUAUACAAACAAGAAAUUUGCAGAGAUUUACCUAGUGUAAAGAAAUGUGUUCGUGAGGCUAAAGGUAAAAGUGAUGAUCGAGAUCUAGAUCAAGAGAUUUAUGGCUGGAUUACAUCCAAAUUGACAGCAUUUGAUAGAAGUUGUGGAGAAGUUGUAAGUGAAAAAACAAAGACCGUAAAAAGAUGGAAAGAGAAUUCCAAAGAAUGCAAGGAAGUGCAAAAAUGCGUGGAUAAGUUCGAACAGUAUCGAGAGUCAUUGAAUAACAAGACAAUUACUAAAGCAUUGUGCAGAAAGUUUCGUGCACACAAGAAAUGUGUAAAAAAAGCUGCCAGUAAUUGCAAAAAUAAAACAUUGAUCAAUAAAGCAAAAGAGGACAUAAAAUCAGCAAAAAACUCAGUGUAAGUUAUAGAUUAUACAUUUUUAUACAACAAUUGCUUUAUACUGUCAUAUUU